AUGGCCGCCACCCGAACUGAGAGCGACGCCUUUGGCGAGAUCCAGGUCCCUUCGGACAAGUACUGGGGUGCCCAGACUGAGCGCUCGCUCGAGAACUUUCGCAUCAACCAGCCCCAGGACCGCAUGCCUUUCCCCAUCAUCAAGGCGUUCGGUAUCCUCAAGGGCGCUGCGGCGACCGUCAACAUGCGUUAUGGCCUUGACCCCAAGGUAGGAGAGGCCAUCCAGCAGGCCGCGGCUGAGGUUGCCGAGGGCAAGCUCACCGACCACUUCCCUCUCGUCGUCUGGCAGACCGGCUCUGGCACACAGUCCAACAUGAACGCCAAUGAAGUCAUAUCCAACCGUGCUAUCGAGAUCCUCGGGGGUGAGAUGGGCAGCAAGAAGCCUGUCCACCCGAACGACCACGUCAACCGUAGCGCCUCCUCCAACGAUACCUUCCCCACUGUCAUGCACAUCGCCGGUGUCCUCGAGCUUGAGGGUGAUCUCAUCCCCGCCCUGAAGACCCUCCGCGAUUCUCUCCAGAAGAAGGUUGACGACUUCGAGGCUAAGAACAUUAUCAAGAUUGGCCGUACUCAUCUCCAGGACGCCACCCCCUUGACCCUCGCCCAGGAAUUCUCCGGCUACGUCGCCCAGCUCGACUCUAGCAUCAAGCGCGUCGAGUCCAGCCUUCCUGACCUCAGGCUCCUCGCUCAGGGUGGUACCGCCGUCGGCACCGGCAUCAACACCUUUGAGGGCUUUGCCGAGGCCAUUGCCGAGGAGGUCACUAAGAUGACCGGCACCGAGUUCAAGACUGCGCCUAACAAGUUCGAGGUCCUCGCCGCCCAUGAUGCUGUUGUACAGGCUCACGGCAGUCUCAACACUCUCGCCGCUGUUCUCACCAAGAUUGCCCAGGACAUCCGCUACCUCGGCAGUGGUCCCCGUUGCGGCCUUGGCGAACUCAUUCUCCCCGAGAACGAGCCCGGCAGCAGCAUCAUGCCUGGCAAGGUCAACCCCACUCAGUGCGAGGCUCUUACCAUGGUCUGCGCCCAGGUCAUGGGUAACCAUGUUGCCACCACUAUUGGUGGCAUGAACGGCCAGUUCGAACUCAACGUCUACAAGCCCCUCAUGAUCAGGAACCUCCUUCACAGCUCUAGGAUUCUUGCCGAUGGCAUGCGCUCUUUUGAGAAGAACCUCGUUGAAGGUCUUCAGGCUAACGAGGAGAAGAUUGCCAGUAUCAUGAAGGAAUCUCUCAUGCUUGUCACCUGCCUCAACCCCAAGAUUGGCUAUGACAUGGCUAGCAAGGUUGCUAAGAAUGCCCACAAGAAGGGUCUCACGCUCAAGCAGUCUGCCCUCGAGCUGAAUGCCCUCACUGAGGAGGAGUUUGAUACCCUCGUCAAGCCUGAGUUCAUGGUCGGCCCCAAGCCUUACAAAGGUUAA